AUGUCCUUCUUUUUCUCGAAUCCACUUGACGAAGCUGUCGACAAAGCCACUUCCGAAAACCUACCUAUCGGAACCGAAGACCUUGUCCUAAAUUUGGAAAUUGCGGAUAAAAUCAAGGCUAAAGAAGUAUCUGCAAAGCAAGCUGUGCAAAGUCUGAAGAGACGGGUGAACCACAAGAAUCCAAACGUUCAAUUACUCGCAUUAAAGCUCACAGACACUUGUGUCAAAAACUCUGGGCACCAUUUCGUUCAAGAAGUUGCCUCUCGGGAAUUUACAGACAAUCUUGUGUCAAUUGCACGAGCACCGAUUGGAACCAAUCCCGACGUACGGCAAAAGAUUUUGGCGCUGAUACAGUCGUGGGGUUUGGCAUUUAAAGCUAAAUCGGAUCUCCGAUACGUUACUGAAGUUUACGAAUCUCUCAAGCAAGACGGAGUUACAUUCCCUCCAGUCGAAAGGGCCGAAUCUUCUGCAGCGAUGAUUGAAACAACUACGGCACCCGAAUGGACGGAUAGCGAUGUGUGCAUGCGAUGCCGGACACAGUUUACCACUUUCAAUCGAAAACACCACUGUCGAAAUUGCGGACAGACUUUUUGUGGACAAUGCUCGGCCAAGACUCUUGCACUGCCGCAUCUAGGCAUUGUGCAAGAAGUGCGUGUCUGUGACACAUGCCAUGUAAAACUGACAUCCAAGUCGCCACCGGGAACUCCUCAUCAACCUAGGGCGUCAUCUUUGCCGAUGCCUCGGGACAACGAUGCCGCAAGGAAGGAGGAAGAAGACAUACAAAGAGCCAUUGCGCUCUCCCUGGAGGCGGCUAAAUCUCAAUCUUCAUAUCGGCCGGCAGCUGUCACACAGCCGAAGCCUAAACCUGUCGUGCGUGAUGAGGAGGAAGAUGAGGAUCUGAAGGCCGCUAUAGCGGCAUCACUGCAGGACGUAAAGUCAGAUUAUACAGCCGAUCGGCCAACAUACGAAUAUAAGACGCCUGCAGGAUCGAACGCAACUGUCUCACAACCCGUGAGUCGGGAUUCGGUACCAGCAUCAAGCCCUCCGGCAUAUAACCCGAACGAGCUGAGUGCAGUUGAGCUGGAGAAUAUCCGCCUCUUUUCGGAGCUUGUUGAGCGAACUGAGGCGGAUGUUGCGACGCAUGGGUUGGGAGUGCUUGGUCAUUCGCAGAUUCAGACACUGUAUGCGCAAAUUGCAACAAUGCAACCAAAGUUGGCGCGUAAUCUCGAUGAGACAUCACGGCAAUACGGGACGUUCUAUGAUUUGCAUGAACAGCUUACUGCAGCCACCAAAGAGUAUGACCGUAUGCUCCAGGAGCGACUUGCGGCGGCUGGGUACGCCCAACCAUACGUCGCUGGACCGCGGGGGUACCAGCAAUACACACAGUCUCCUGUGCCAAAUUCCUACCAACCGCAGCCUCCUGCGGCUGGAUACAACACCCCGCCAGCACCAAGCUCAUAUGCGCCGGGGUAUGGGGCACCUCCUACCCCUGGACAGGCUGGCGGUUAUUAUGGCGGUGCACCCCAACCCGAGCACCCUCAACUUCAUGCGCAGGCAUCGGCUGGAACGCUUCCUCACCAGUAUGCACAAUAUCCGCAAAGCCAGCCGGGUAUGGCGCCGCCCCAAAAUUAUCAAGAUCCGUCGCAGCAACCGCAACCUUCAGGUAUUGCUGCCGACCAGUACCAGAAUAUACCGCAAUCGCCACCUCAGCAGCCUCUGUCUGUGCCGGCCCCGAAUCAACCACAGGAUGCACAGCAACAGCAAUUGCCAUCUGUUCCACCUGGAGUUGCUCCCGGCCAAUAUUAUGAUCCUAAUCAGCAGGGUGUGAUAUAUCAGCAACCACCGGCGCCUCAGCAGUACCCAGUAGACGCUAUUCCACAACAGCAACCUGGAGCUACCCCUUACUACGCCAAUCAGAACGCUGAGCAGCUUCCCCAAGGUUCCUUUGCUCCAUCCCACGUUCCGGGACCAGGUGAUGUAGCUGCUGCGCCAGCCAAUUACCCUCCGCAAACUGCACCACCCCAACAACAACCACCGCAACAACCACAACCACAACAACAAGCAGCAGCUCCACCUGCUCCAGGUCCCACUACUUAUACGUACACACAACCACCAACGCAUUCAUUUGCGCCUCAGCACGGUCAACCUCCGGCGACCCCUCCACAGCAAUACAUGCCCCAGGCAUAUGCACCCCAGCAACCGGUCGGGUACGCACCCACCACGCACCCCAUUCCCGCACCUGUAGUACAGCAGGCCCCGCCUCCACCCCAACCAGAGGCCCCUUUGAUUGAACUGUGA